GGUUUUGAGACCUGGAGAAAGUGCAGAGCUUGAGCAUCAGAGAAACAGAGAGAGAGGUGGUGAAAGAGUCCCUGCAUUAUUAUAAGUAAUAAAGUGAGGGGAUAAAGCAAUGGCAAGGCGUAUUCACUUUCACUUCAGAAGAAGAUGGGAUUCAUUGGACAGUGUAAAACACUAUAAAGUAACUCAUCUUGUCGUAUGAAAUUUUAUAGUCUUUCAAACAUGGAAUCUUGAUGGCAUUAGUUAUAAAGGUAAGUGGUUCAAGACCGUGAUUGUGUUAAUAUUCUAUGUGAAUUGUGCAAUCCGCCUAGAUCUUCACUAUUUUGUUAGACAUAUAUAGAGAGAGAGGGGGCUUGAAUGAGCUGGUGAAAGAGUGCAUUACAUUGUUGAAGACAAAGAGAGGUGGAAAGUAAGCUGUAUUUUCAUUUUCUUUGGUUUUAGUAUAAUAUUAAUUCUUCUUUUAGAACACAAAAAUGUCUUCAUCUCUCUCUGGCAUCAUAAAUUUGUUGGGAAGGACCAUGAAUAUUUUAGUUGGCAUUGUAACAGACUUGGGGAAGGAUAUGCUUAAUAAUUUGUUAACUUCAGAACUGAAAGACCAGUUCGACUUUCUUUCUGGUUUCAAGAGUAACGUGGAGAAACUAAAAUCUAUGAGAGAGGAGAUUCAAAAAUCAGUGAAAUCAGCUGAGGAGAUGGGGGAAGAUGUUAAAGAUGAUGUAAAAAAUCUUCUGAAUGAGGUUGACAUUAUCAUAGAAAAUGGAUAUAGAUUGCAAGGAGAAGGCAAUAGUUCACCUUCUUAUUGGACCUCUAUUCAUAAACUCAGCAAGGAAGCUAUGGAGAAGAUAUCUAAUUCAGCCCCCAUUCCAACUAUGGAAUCGACUCCCAGUAGAGAUUUCAAGAUUUUUGAAUCCACAGAAUUGGCGAUGAACAAAGUCAAGAAGGCAUUAGCAGAUGAAAACAUCCAUGUCAUAGGGGUGUACGGGAUGGGAGGUGUUGGCAAAACAAGUCUGGUGAGGGAAAUAGGAAAACAAGUGGAGAAUGAGAAACUUUUUGACAAGGUUGUGAUGGCUGUGGUGUCCCAAGAUCCAGACUUAAGAAAGGUACAAGGUCAAAUUGCAGAUAUGUUAGGUUUGAAAUUUGAAGAAGCAAGUGUGAUGGGAAGAGCAUCAAAACUAUCAAGAAGGUUGGAGAAAGUGAAGAGCAUUCUUGUCAUCUUGGAUGAUAUUUGGGCUAAGUUAGAUAUGGAGGAGUUAGGGAUCCCUUUUGAUGGUAGAAACUGCAGGAGGGGCUGCAAAAUCCUACUCACAACUCGGCGUCAAGAUGUCUGCCAUGCGAUGAAGACCCAAGUAAGUAUUCCACUUAACAUCUUAUCUCAGCAGGAUGCUUGGGAUUUGUUUAAGAGGAAUGUGGGUAUUGUAGUGGAAAAUGACACUUUUCAUGAUGUGGGGAAGGAAGUUGUUAGGGAAUGUGGGGGUUUGCCCAUUGCGAUUGUAACUGUUGCAGGAGCACUGAGAGGUAAGGAAGAUCCACAGGAAUGGAAUGAUGCACUACAUGAACUUCGAAGUUCAGAACCUCACAAUAUUGAGGGCUUGGACCUAAAUGUAUUUUCAUGUCUGAAAUGGAGUUACGAUUAUCUAAGGGAUGCAGAAACCCAAAAGUUGUUCUUGUAUUGUUGUUUGUUUCCUGAGGAUUAUGAUAUUUAUAUUGAGCAAAUGGUGAGAUAUGGCUUUGGAAUGGGACUAUUUAGAAAUGUUGCAACAAUAGAAGAUGCAAGACGAAAAACACAUAGGAUUGUUAAGAAGCUCAAAUCAUCUUCUUUGUUAUUUGAAGGAUCCCAUGGAGGCUGUGUCAAAGUGCAUGACAUUAUUCGUGAUGUUGGCAUCUCAAUUGCAUCCAGUGGAAAUUAUGAUGAAGUAUUCAUGGUAAGAGCUCGUAAAGGACUUAAAGAGUGGCCAAUAAUGGAUUCAACUGAACAAUACACUGCCAUUUCAUUGAUGGAUAAUCGAAUAGAAAAAUUGCCCCAUCAAUUGAUGUUUUCAAAACUAAGGACUCUACUGUUGCAAGGAGUGAUGGGUUGGGAUGUGGAGAUUCCAGACACUUUCUUCAAAUGGAUGGAAGCACUUAGGAUAAUGGACUUGAGUUAUAAUGGCAUAUUUUUCUGCCCAUGGUCAAUCCAAUGCUUGACCAAUCUUCAUACGCUAAUUCUUGAAAGAUGCUCAGAGUUACAAGACAUAUCUGUACUUGGGAAUUUGAAGGAACUUAUGAUACUAAGUUUGCUUGGAUGUCAAUCCAUUGAAAGGUUGCCAACAAAUAUGGCACAGCUGGCCAAUCUAAGGCUACUGGAUUUAUCUUAUAACCCUAAGCUUAUUAUACCCCCUGAUGUGAUUUCUGCUUGGUCCCAACUAGAAGAACUAUAUAUGUUUUUAAGCUUUAGAGAUUGGAAGGCUCAAGGAGUAAUGGAUCAUGGAUCCAAAGCUAGCUUGGAAGAGUAGAAAGCAUUACAUCAC